AUGGUAAAUCGUUGCGCUAUUGAAGCUGUAGACAGAAUGCUUAGAGAUAUUACUGAUUGUAACUUGCCUUUCAGUGGGAAAGUGAUAGUUUUUGGAGGAGAUUUUCGACAAGUUCUUCCAGUGGUACCGAGAGGGAAAAAAGAUGAUGUAAUGAAAGCUAGCUUGGUCUUUUCAGACCUAUGGCCUUCCUAUUUAUGUUUACCAUUGGUUGAGAAUAUGAGGGCAAAAUUAGAUCCUAUGUUCUGCACUUACUUACUUAGAAUUGGAAAUGGAACAGAAGAAGAACAUACUUGUAAGUGCAUUAUGCUUCCGAAUAGUAUAAUUCUAUCAUUUGAAGAUGAAAUCACAUCUUUAAAAAUUUUGAUACAUCAUGUUUUUCCAAAUAUACAGGCAUAUGUUGACAAUUUACAUAAUAUGAUAAAUAGAGUUAUUCUUACACCUACUAAUGAAUGUGUUGAUUAUAUUAACAAGAUUUUACUCGAACAAACUCCUGGUGAUUUUUCCACAUACUAUAGUUUUGAUGAAGCAAUUGACAAAUCGGAACAAAGCUUGCACGAAGAUUUCUUGAAUACUUUGACACCAAAUGGUAUUCCACCACAUGAAUUGAAACUUAAGGUAAAUUGUCCUGUAAUGUUAUUACGGAAUAUUAAUCCUUCCGAAGGAUUAUGCAAUGGAACACGCCUUACUUGUCGAAAAUUUGAGAAAAACAUAAUUCUUGCUGAAAUUACAACUGUUUGUGAGAUAGAUUUGUUAAAAAUUAGUUUCUCUAUGAAUAUUAUAAGUUCCCUAAAUUUAAGUCUUAAAUAUAAUUUGUCUGCCCUUUGUGCAUCAUACAUUCUGAUUCUUGGACAGUUUUAUGCUACUGUAAUUCUAUCAAUGGGGAGACUAAUGCUUGAUUUUCCUUUUGAAGCUCAUGGUGUGGUUGCAGGAUUAAAUGCUCAACAUGGUGUUAAUUUAAGCACACCUACGUCUUUUAGCAAUCCUGUUGCUAGAGGUAAUAAUAGUAUGGGCAUGGGCUAG